AUGGCUUCGAUACCUACACCACCGCCACCGCCGCCGCUACCUCCACCAAUACAACCACAAACAAGUUCAACCUCACAAACACCACAACCCACAUCACCGACAACCUCGACAGCCUCUUCCUCUACAAAUUUACAAGAUUCGACAAGAGUUGUGUCGGGUUCUGGUGGUGGUGGAAGUAUUACUGACUUGUCGGACGUGCAGUCGCCGUUGGAGCUUACUGGCUACGUAUGUUUUUCAUUGUUUUUGCAAGCGGAGUUUGAAUUUGUGCUGCUGGGUUUGGAAAAGGGUGUGGAAACUGUUAUACAGCAGCUGCAAACGAAAUUUGACGACUUAUCCUCAAAAUUAAUAACCAAAAUGGAAGACAUGGGAACACGAAUAGACUCGCUCGAGAAGUCGCUUGGCGAGUUGAUGCAACAAGCUAUCGCGGAGGAAGUUCUUUUGCAGGAGGCGACGAGUAAAUAA